AUGUCAGUAUUGACCACAAGACUAGCUCAAAUAGGACGAAAGCCAGUGAAUAUUGGUGAUGGUAACUGUUUAUUUCGUAGUGUAAGCCACCAGCUUUACGGAACAGAGACUCAUCAUGUCCAAAUAAGAGCUCAUGCAAUCCAACAUUUAAUACUUCGCCCAGAAUAUUUCAUAGAGUCUAAUACUGAACAAUCAUGGUCGCAUUAUUUACAGAAUAUGUCAAGACUAGGUUCUUGGGCAGACCAUAUUAGCAUACAGGCAGUUGCAAAUGCACAUAAUUUGAGGAUUCAUAUUACAGAAACUGCACACAAUUUUGCUGAAACUACAGUUGUUACCUCUAUUUAUGCUCAGUCUGGGGGAAAUGUAAGAGAUAUCUACAUCGGACAUCUUGAUGAACUACAUUAUGUUUCUACAACACCAAUUCAACAAUCUGCUUCUGAACAAAUACGAAAUCAGACAGCAACUGGUGAACAAAAACUAUACCAUCAAAAUUCACAAUCUAAUAACAAUGAAAUUAUCUCUGAAAAGCCAGUCUCCAUGAAUAAUUCACAAAAGAGAAAAGAAUAUAUGAAGGAAUACAUGAGGAAAAAAAGGUUGAACAACAAAUUUAAAGAAAAAGACACUGUGAGAAAAAAAUCAUAUAAUAAGAAAUACAAAAACACAAAUUCUGAGAAAAUAAAGGACUCUUGGCAAAAAGCAACUGCAACAUACAGACAAUCAAAUACUGAGAAAAUAAAAGAAAUUGCUAAGAUGGCCACUGCAACAUACAGGCAAUCAAAUCCUGAGAAAGCAAAACAGAGUUUAAAGACAUCCAAUACAACAUACAGACAAUUAAAUCCUGAAAAGGCAAAACAGAGUUUUAAAAAAUCUACUGCAACAUACAGACAAUUAAAUCCUGAAAAGGCAAAACAGAGGUUUAAGACAUCCACUGCAACAUACAGACAAUUAAAUCCUGAAAAGGCAAAACAGAGUUUUAAGACAUCCACUGCAACAUACAGGCAGUUAAAUCCUGAGAAAGCAAAACAGAGUUUUAAGACAUCCACUGCAACAUACAGACAAUUAAAUCCUGAAAAGGCAAAACAGAGUUUUAAGACAUCCACUGCAACAUACAGACAAUUAAAUCAUGAAAAGGCAAAACAGAGUUUUAAGACAUCCACUGCAACAUACAGACAAUUAAAUCCUGAAAAGGCAAAACAGAGUUUUAAGACAUCCACUGCAACAUACAGACAAUUAAAUUCCGAAAAGGCAAAACAGAGUUUAAAGACAUCCACUGCAACAUUCAGACAAUUAAAUCCUGAAAAAACAAAACAGAGUUUUAAGACAUCCACUGCAACAUACAGACAAUCAAAUCCUGAAAAAGCAAAGAAGAGUUUUAAGACAUCUUCUGCAACAUACAGGCGAUUAAAUCCUCAAAAAGUAAAACAGAGUUUAAAGACAUCCAUUGCAACAUACAGACAAUUAAAUCCUGAAAAGGUUAAAGAAAUAAACAAAACAACUACUGCAACAUAUAGAAAAUUAAAUCCUGAAAAGGUUGCAGAAUCAUCAAAAUUGUCAAACACUAUGUACAAGCAAAAGUAUCCAGAAAGAGUUAAAGAUACCCAGAAAAGACAAUAUGCUAAAAGAAAGUUAGAUUGUAGUGAAAAUGGAACAAUGAUUAAUAAAUACAAGAAAGUAGAAAAUAAUUUGAAUGACAGUAUAGCUGAGACUCCAGAGAUACCUAGUAACUCUGAUGAUUCGAGACAACAAAUUUACCUUACAAAGGCAAUUGAGUUAUUUCAUAAGAACAUAAGUGUGGGACCAGAAUAUAUUUGUACCUGUUGUGAUCAAUUAUGGUAUAGAUCAUCUGUCAGUGAAUGUAAUGUUUAUAUAUCUCUUGUUCAAAAAAUAUCUUUAAUUUAUGUCUAA